CUUCCGGCGGCGGCCCUAGAUCUAGGGGGCGCAGUGGUAAGGAGUUGCCCUUCUUGGCUAGAGCCGCCUUAGGCGUCUGCACGUGUUCGCUGCUGCCUCAGUUGCCAAAAUGCUGCAGCUGCUGCGCUGCGUGCCCCGCGCCCUGGGCACCGCCGUAGCCGGCCUCCGUGCCGCCGCGCCCUCCCUGCCGCUGCUGCAGCCCGCGUUCCGGCCGUCCGCCCGGCCCUUCGGGCUGCUCAGCGUGCGCGCUGGGUCUGUGCAGCUGCCCGGACUCCUGCGGCCUCGGGGGCCCUGCGGCUGCGGCUGCGGCUGCGGCGGACUGCACACCGAAGGGGACAAAGCUUUUGUUGAAUUCCUCAGUGAUGAGAUUAAGGAGGAAAAGAAGAUACAGAAGUAUAAGUCUCUCCCCAAGAUGUCUGGAGGUUGGGAGCUGGAAGUGAAUGGGACAGAAGCAAAAUUAAUGCGGAAAGUUGCUGGAGAAAAGAUCACUGUCACUUUCAACAUUAACAAUAGCAUCCCACCCCCAUAUGAUGGUGGGGAGGAACCCUCAGAAGGGCAGAAGGUUGAAGAACAAGAACCUGAACUGACGUCCACUCCCAAUUUUGUGGUUGAAGUUGUAAAGGAUGGAAGCAACAAGGCUCUCGUGCUGGACUGUCACUACCCAGAAGAUGAGAUUGGACAAGAAGAGGAGGACCAGAGUGACAUUUUCUCCAUCAAGGAAGUGAGCUUUCAGUCCACCAGCGAUUCUGACUGGAAGGACACAAAUUACACACUCAACACAGAUUCCCUGGAUUGGGCCUUAUAUGACCACCUCAUGGAUUUCCUUGCAGACCGAGGGGUGGACAACACUUUUGCUGAUGAGCUGGUGGAGCUCAGCACAGCCCUGGAGCACCAGGAGUACAUUACUUUUCUCGAAGACCUCAAAGGUUUUGUCAAAAGCCAGUAGAGAAGAGAAGGUGCUAAACACCUUAAUCUUAUGGCAGGCUUUGGCCAGUGAACAAAACCUACUCUGAAGCCAUGCCCACGUGCUUUAAAAUGGUUUUCAUCCCAGUAUCCCAGUAUCAUGGAAAAUAAUUCAAUUUUAACUUAUUUCUGUUGCCUCUUAUUUACCAUUUAUUCUCUGCAAAGCUAUUUCUAGAUUUUUGUAUAACAUGAUGAGGGACAAUAAAGUCUCCAAGGUGA